AGCACGGUUGUCAAGCUCGCCCUGGGGAGACUGUCCUUGCGCUGUGGCUGCCACCAGUAGCAACCAAAGGGAAGAGGAGACUGGAGCCGCUCGGUGCAGCGAGUAGUCCCCGAGUCUUCCCGCGCCCGCUUGGCCGCCGUCGGACCACGUCCCAGAGCUGCCACCUGCAGCCAGGCCGCCAGCCAUGCCAGCCGCGCCGGUCCUGCGCCCGCCACCGCCACCCGCGACCCCCGCCCCGCCUGCACCCAGCCGCCCUGCGCCUCCCAUCCCGGGCCACAGAGGCCCAUGUGACCAUUCUCUAAAAUGCUUAAGUUCAAAGAUCUCUGAGAGAAAGCUGCCAGGCUCCUGGCUGCCCGCGGGACGAGGACCUCUGGAGAAGCCAGUCCUGGGGCCACGUGGUGCCGUCAUGCCAAUGUUUAGCCCUCAGAGUAGCCUCCACUCCUUCCGCGCAGAGCACAGCCCGCUGAAGCCCAGGGUGGUGACAGUGGUGAAACUGGGUGGGCAGCCCCUCCGCAAGGCCACCCUGCUCCUCAACAGGCGGUCAGUGCAGACCUUUGAGCAGCUCCUAUCAGACAUCUCCGAAGCCUUGGGCUUCCCCCGAUGGAAGAAUGACCGCGUGCGAAAGCUGUUCACUCUCAAGGGCAGGGAGGUCAAGAGUGUGUCUGACUUCUUCCGGGAGGGUGAUGCUUUCAUAGCUAUGGGCAAAGAGCCGCUGACAUUGAAGAGUAUCCAGUUGGCUAUGGAGGAGCUGUAUCCUAAGAACCGGGCUCUUGCCCUGGCCCCUCACAGUAGAGUCCCCUCCCCAAGGCUGAGAAGCAGACUUCCCAGCAAGCUUCUGAAAGGAAGUCACCGCUGUGGGGAGACGGGAAGCUCUAGUGAGGGAACGGGAAGCAAGGCAGUCACUAGACAUCAGGGCAAGACUUCUACAGAGCUGGCCCCAGACGACAAGAUGAGGGCCCAGAAGUGCGUAAGAGGGAAACAGGAGUCAGAACAUGGAAGCUUGCCUUCACCUAGGGAAGCCAUUCAGGAGGAGACUCAUGCAAGUGGAGAGAAGCACCUGGGGGUGGAGAUUGAAAAGACCUCUGGGGAGAUCGUCAGGUGUGAGAAGUGUAAGAGAGAAAGAGAGCUGCAGCUGGGCCUGCAGCGGGAGCAGUGCCCCCUGGGAACCAGUGAGCUGGACCUGGGAAGGGGUCAGAAGAGGGAUUCCGAGAAGCUGGUGAGGACCAAGAGCUGCAGGAGGGCUUCUGAGGCAAAAUCUACAGAUGGAGAGGAAGGGUGGAAGGGUGACAGCCAUCGGGGCAGCCCCAGGGACCCCCCUCAGGAACUGAGGAGGCCCAACAGCAACUCAGACAAGAAAGAGAUCAGAGGCUCAGAAGGUCAGGAGAGUCAUCCUCAGGGUGCAGCCAAGGCCCAGAAGGACCUUAUGGAAGGUCCACCAGCUGUAGAGGAGGGACCGGUGCACAUGAGGAGAGAUGCCCGGCACACAUGCCGGAAUAAGCAUGCCGUCUGGCUCCUGAGAGAACAGCAGGCAGAACCCCCACAGCUCCCCAGAACCCGAGGGGAGGAGAAGGAAGCAGAGCAUGAGAAGAAGCCAGGUGGCUUAGGAGGGAGGAAGGUGCUGGAAAAGGAGUCUAAGAUAAAGCCGAAAGAGAGCAAGCCAGAGCGACCCAGUGGCCGGAAGCGGAGGCCCGUGUGCAUCAUCUCAGCAGAUGUGGAGAAGCACUACGACAUCGGUCGGGUCAUCGGGGAUGGGAACUUUGCCACCGUGAAGGAAUGCAAGCACCGAGAGACCAAUCAGGUUUUCGCCAUGAAGAUCAUUGACAAGGCCCAGCUGAAGGGUAAAGAGGACAUUGUCGACAGUGAGAUUUUAAUUAUCCAGAGUCUCUCUCACCCCAACAUAGUGAAACUGCACGAGGUCUAUGAAUCGGAGGCAGAGAUCUACCUGAUCAUGGAGUAUGUGCAAGGUGGGGACCUCUUCGAUGCCAUCAUUGAAAAUGUGAAGUUUCCAGAGCCCGAUGCUGCAGUUAUGAUCACAGACUUGUGUAAGGCCCUCGUCCACAUGCAUGACAAGAAGAUCGUCCACCGGGACCUGAAGCCAGAAAACCUCCUGGUUCAGCGAAACGAAGACAAGUCCACCAUCUUGAAGCUGGCUGAUUUUGGCCUGGCCAAAUAUGUGGUGAGGCCUAUAUUUACUGUGUGUGGGACACCAACAUAUGUAGCUCCUGAAAUUCUUUCUGAGAAAGGUUAUGGCCUGGAGGUGGACCUGUGGGCGGCAGGUGUGAUCCUGUACAUCCUUCUGUGUGGCUUCCCCCCUUUCCGGAGUCCUGAGAGGGACCAAGAUGAGCUCUUCAAAAUCAUCCAAACGGGCCAGUUUGAGUUCCUCUCUCCUUACUGGGACAACAUUUCUGAUGAUGCCAAAGAUCUGGUGAGAAAUUUGCUGGUGGUGGACCCCAAGAGGAGGUACACGGCUCACCAGGUCCUACAGCAUCCCUGGAUUGAGAGGGUUGGGCACCCCAGCACAGUGAACCCACAGAAGGAGGAGUCCCCCAACAGCAAGGGUCGCUUCCAGAGCCAGCACAAGAAGGUUGCAGAGCAGGUGUCAUGAUCCUGCCUGGGACAUCUGUCCAGCCUGGUCUCCUUGAGAACAGAGAAGAGAGGGGAAGGCUACAAGCAAGGCUGUGCCAGACACUUCUUCACAGACCUAGGGAAGGAGAAGAACCACCUGGCAUAUUUAAAGAGUGUUUGAAAAGCAAUGUCCUAACGUUGAGUGAUGUGUGAUAUUUUUAGAUUUGUAUAUCUGAAGUCUUUAAUACUUUUUAGUUAAGAACUGCCAUGAAUGAGGAAUUUUGAUAAUAAUGAUGAAUUCUGUUUUCUCUUUGUAGUCAUGUUUAUGGUGGGCUACAUGAGUGUGCUUCAUAUCCCUUGAGCUUCCCCACACAAUGAAUGAGGCGAUUCCUGGCUUUUUUAUCUCAAUAAAACACGAUGACUAACAGA